AUGGACAAUUCCAAGUACAACAAAUGGAGCGAUGGGACCGAAGAAGGCCCCAGAGGGCACUGGGGACGCUGGCGACAGAAGUCCUUCUGGGUGGCACUGGCUGUAGUGGCCGCAGUACUGUGGGCCCUGGUUCUGAGCAUCUUAUUGUUCCGGGCCUCCAAAGAACGCGAGGAACUACUCGACCAUCAGGACCUGUUGAGUACAAACGCCUCGAAGCAGGAGGCGGAGCUGGGUGUUCUGCAGAAUGAGGUCAAAACCUGCAGAACUAGUUGCUCCGUGACGCAGGCGCAUCUGCAGACCACUCAGGGGCUCCUUGGGGCCGCGCAGACGAAACUGCAGGAGCAGCAGAGCGUCUUGAGUGAACUACGCGAGCGCGUGACCAAGGACAUGCAGCUGGCGGGCAGGGACCUCGAGGACAUCCGCAGUGAGCUGCUGCGGGCGCUGGAAGCUGCCAAGCUUGGAAACCACUCCUGCGAGCCGUGUCCCACAUCGUGGAUGCCCUUUCAGGGUUCCUGCUACCUUUUCUCCAAGGCGCAGGGCAACUGGGACGUUGCUGAGAAAAGUUGCGCUGACGCCAGCGCGCGCCUGGUCAUCGUGGGGGAUCUGGAGGAGCAGACCUUCCUGAGUGCGAACACGCGUGGGUUCGGCUUCUGGAUGGGCCUAAAGGCCGUGCGACACAAGGGUACAAUCAAGAGCUAUGAGUGGGUGGACGGCGUCAAGGUCAGCUUCAGCCACUGGAACGUUGGGGAGCCCAAUGACUCGCAGGGGGGUGAAAGCUGCAUCAUGAUGCUGGACACCGGGAUGUGGAACGAUGCACCUUGCAACACGAAGGACAACUGGAUCUGUGAGAAGAGGCGCAGAUGCUGA